UCUAUGGGGGUAUAAAUGAGAGGACACGAAUUAAUAUCUGAAAUUAUCGGCAUCUGAUUCACUACUUGCUUCCUCCCGGUAGCGUGUACCUCGUGCCGAAGUCGUCAGCAAUGUAAUCCGCUUUUAUUAGUGGAAUGGGAGCAGACUCUGGCUGUUUGAGAGGGGAGGAGGUGUGGGCUGUCCUCUGUCCAUUCAGAGGAGAGAGCUGUCCACAAAGCUUGGUGCUGAAACUCCCUCCGACCCACUGCGCGUUGGGAGCUGUCCCUGGGUCUCGCGACUGAAUCCUGCAGGCAGCAACUUCCAGCUAUGGCUUUCAUGGUGAAGACUAUGGUCGGGGGGCAGUUGAAGAAUCUGACCGGAGGACUCGGAGGCGAGGAAAAAGGAGAUGGGGAGAAAUCUGACGCCGCAGCUCAAGGGAUGACGAGAGAGGAAUUCGAAGAAUACCAAAGGCAGCUGCUCGAUGAAAAGAUGGAGCGCGAUGCCAGUUUUGCUCAGAAGAAGGCGGAGCGCGCAACAAUGAGGACACACCUUCGUGACAAGUACAAGCUCCCAAAGAGCGAAAUAGACGAGAGCCAGAUCCAGCUGGCCGGUGGCGAGGUGGAACUGCCAAAGGAGCUGGCCAAGAUGAUUGAACAGGACAAUGAGGAAGAAGCUGAGAAGGACUCCUUGAUGGGACAGCUCAGCAACAUUCAGAACCUCGACAUUGACAGCUUGAAGGACAAGGCCCAAGCCACCCUGGAAGACUUCAAGCAUACUGCAGAGAAGUGUUGUGUCAUGUGAAACAAAAAUUAUGGGACUAAUUUUCAUAAUGUUCACUGCAACUUGAAUCUAAACUGCAAAUUUGCAGCCUGUUAAACACUGAUCUAUAAAGUAAUAUCCCAGUGAAGGCAAUGCGAUAGUUAGACACAGAUCUGCUGCUGUUUGCAAUACACUGUCUGUAUGAUAUACAUACUAGUCAGCAAUUCUUGUCAAUUCUGACCGUCAGUCUGUCACCCUGACCAUCAAUCUGUUCAUCUUUGUUUCCGGUAUUUUAAGAGAACAAAUCUGAUCCAGGCCUAGAAUUCUGAAUAUAAACACUAACUCCUGGGGAACAAAUACCUCUGUCAUUCAUUACACUAGCGACAGUACACCUCAGGAACAGAAAUGUUCCUUGUAAAAGUGACACUCACAACACACUGGAGGAACUCAGCAGGUCGGGCAGCAUCCGUGGAAACGAUCAGUCAACGUUUUGGGCUGGAACCCUUCGUCAGGACCCGAAACGUUGACUGAUCAUUUCCACGAAUGCUGCCAGACCUGCUGAGUUCCUCCAGCGUGUUGUGAGUGCUGCUUUGACCCCAGCAUUGGCAGAGUAUUUUGUGUUUACCUUGUAAAAGUGAUAUACACACACAGUAAACUUUACCUAGUUCAGGUAAUUGUGUGACCUAAUUAAUGAAGUUAUAGUAACAAUGACAAAGAUUCUCUUCCCAUUCUAAUCUACUUAAAAGAAACCCAAAGGAACAGCAACUUCUAUUGAUGUAGCAUCUGUAACACAGCAAAAUGGCUUGAGCUGGAUCUCAAGACAGGAUCGCAAGGAGAUAUUGGAGUCAUAGGGUCAGAACCAUAGAAUGACAUGGCACAGAUACAAGCUCCCUUAGCUCACUAAAUCCACACUAACAUCAGGCACCCAUAUUUGCAGUAAUGCUACCCUCACCCAUUUAAUUCUCUGCAUUCCCAUUGACUCCUUCCCAAGUUCUCGCUCUCCUCCUCAGACAAAGGACAAAGCGAAAGAGCCUUUAGGGUGCAGACAGGUCUAUGGUGGAGGGAGAAUCCAAACCCUGGGGCAGAGGGGGCUAACAUUCCUGCAAAUUGACGGUUAAAUUUUGCUAUGUCAAAGCUGCUGUGUAAAUGCAGAUUGUUGUUGCUGUAUGAACUAAAUGCUUGACAUGAAGAUGGUGCAUUAGAGCUGUUUAAAUCCAAGCCGGAAUUCUCUCUUCAUUACAACAUAAUGACAGUUUUGGAUGUUUUGGAACUACAAAAAAUUAUAUAUCAUCAUCCUUUAGUUUCUCGCCCCCUCCCUCUCCCCUCUCCCUCCCCCUUUCUCUCUCUCCCUCACAUGUUCUCUCUCUCUCUCUCUCUCUCUCACACACACACACACACACACACACACACUGUCUCUCUAUUUCUCCCAGUUGAUCCUUCAGACCCUCUGUAUCUCUUUUAUAUGUACAAAUAUAGUUUUUCUUGUUUUCUUAUCAUUUCUCCCUCUCUUUCUCACCCACUUACCUUUCCUUUCUCUCUCUGUUCCCUUCCCCUUUCCCCUUUAUGAAUUUUAUGCUGCAUCGGAUCUGGAGCAACAACCAUUUCCUUCUUUACACUUGGGUACAGAUAAAUGACCAUAAACAACCUUGAAUCUUAAAUCUUCUCCUCCUCCUUCACCAUCUUAUUUACUCAUUCUUUCACUCUUUCAUUUUGUCAUAUUUCAGAGAAGGGGGCUAUUCAGCCCAUUGACUCUAUGCCCCAAUGAUCAUUCCAAGCAGUUGAUUUCCUGUGACCUCUGCCCUCUCACAUCUCCAUCAACUGCCCUCCUGUUUUCCUUCAUUAGGGGACUAUGUACAUUUGCCAAAUAACCAUCAUUGGGCUUUGGGAGGAAACUGGAGCACCCACAGAAAACACAUGCAGUCACAGGCAGAACGUGCGAGCUCCACACAGAGAGCACCAGAGGUCAAUCAAACCUGACACUCAGUGUGGUAGUGGUACUAACUGCUCUGGUAUUGUGCGGCCCACUUGCUCUCCUUCUCGUUUUCUCUCAUUCUUUGUCUCUCUCACCCUGUACUCUUCUCUUUCUGGCCACAUUCUCUUUCUGGUCUCUUUCUCUCUCUCACCACCUUCUCUCCCUCUUGCAAUCUUCUCUCUCUCUCUCACCCCAUUCUUUCUUGCUCCUUUUCUCUCUCGCCUCUCUUUCUCUCUUCCCCUUCCCUCUCUUACCCUUUCUCACUCGCUUUCCUCUCUCUCUCACCACCUUUCCUCACUUACACCUCUUUUCUCUCCAUUUUCUUUCUCUUUUACUUCAUUCUUUGUUGCCCCUUUUCUCUCUUUUCCCUCCUCUCUCUCCCUCCCACCCCCUUCACUCUCCCCCCCCCUCUCUCACCCCCUUUUCCCUCCUUCCUCUUUGGACCUUUCUCUUUAAAACUAGGCUGGGCAAACAGAUUCAGGCAUUUCUGUGUCUUUCCAGAUUUGCAUGCUUUCUAAUUUUAAUAAAUGCUCUUAAAUCAUUGUUAUUAAUGCCAAACAAAUGUGUUUAUGCACAAAACGUUAGAGUAGCAAUAUCUAAUGUUUCAUAUCUGUAUGUUCAUUAUAUUUGUUUGUUUGUUUUUAUAUGUGUUGGGCUAUUUUACGUCUUUAAUGUGUAGAGUAAUCUUUACUUACAGGCUCGUAAGAUAUGAAUUUAAGAUGUUAAGGGGAUAUUGAACCUGUUGAAUCUAAUCUUCACUGUACUUGCUGCAAUUAGAAGUAGCAGCAAAUACUCCAUCAGAAAACUCAUUUUCCCUAGGCACUUUGAAACUCAAAAUCAGAUCCCGAUUUAUUAUAACUGAUGUACAUGGUGUGAAAUUUGUUAUUUUACCACACCACUAUAGUACAAAGAUGUAAUUACUAUAUAUUCAUGAUCUUCUGCUGCUGUAGCCCAUUCACUUCAAGGUUUGACAUGUUGUGCAUUCAGAGAUGCUCUUCUGCACACCACUGUUGUAACGCGUGGUUAUGUGAGUAACUGUCACAUGAACCAAUGUGGCCAUUCCCCGUGGACCUCUCUCCUUAAUGAAAACUGCCGCUAACUGGUUGUUUUUGUUUUGUUCUUCACACCAUUCUCGGUAGAUUCUAGAGAAGGCUGUGUUUGUAAAUCCCAGGAGAUCAGCAGCUUCUGAGAUACUCAAAUCCCCCUGUCUGACACCAACAAUCAUUCCAUGGUCAAAGUCACUUAGAUUACAUUUCCUAUCCAUUUUGAUGUUUGUUCUGAACAACAAAUGAACCUCUUGACCAUGUCUGCAUGCUUUUAUGCAUUGGGUUCCUGCCACACAAUUGGCUGAUUAGAUAUUUGUGUUAACGUACAGGUGUGUACCUAAUAAAGUGGCCACUGAGUGUAUUCUAGCUCUUCGGAAUUCAGAAUCACUGACAAAUAAGGUGUAAUUUGUUGUUUUGUUGUAGCAGAACAGUACAAGGACAUAAUUACUAUAGAUUACAAAAAUAAGCAAAUUGUGCCAAAAAAGGAAUAUUAUUUAUUCAGUAGUUAAUGCAGCAAAAUGGCUUGAGGUGGAUCUCAAGAUGGGUGACAGAAGGAGAGAUUAGAUAGAGUCAUGAAAUGAUAUGGCACAGGUACAAACCCCUAUGGCGCUUUGAAUCCACAGCAACCAUCAAGCACCCGGAUUGGGCGCCAGGGUAGCAGAGCGGUUAGCGCGACUGUUAUGUUUUGUAAUUUCAAAACAUUAAACUAAUUCAAAGGAAGACACGGGUGUCUGAAAUGUGAGUAAUUUUGUGGUUAACUUUAAGUGAGGCACGCACAUAUCACAUGGUAGCAUGAUGACGUAUGCAAUUCACAGAUUUAUACAUAUAACCCAUAAUGAAUUAUUUAAGUGAAUUUUUUAUCAAACAAUUUAUAUACAAGGUUACUCAAAUGUUACUGAAAUAUAAACUCCAACUCAAUAGAGAAUGCAUCUUAACUGUAAGAGUUGACUCUGAGAAUGCAGGAUGUGGUUCUGACAAUGGUAGCUACUGUUCUUAUUCAACAAUUGACUCUGCUCUACUCAGAUGAUUGACGUGUCACCUCCAGAUGAUAUCAGAUGCAAUCUCCACUGUGUGGGAGAGUGGUCUAGUUCUGUCCUUAAUCUUUCUUAGUUACCCACUUCUGAUCACCUCAGUAGUCCCUCGUCCUCGUCAGAACUGCUUAUCCAGGAGUGAAACAUUGAACCUUCUUGUUUGAGGAGCCCUCAAUUUGCCUCAGCUGUUUGUCCUGCAUCCUGCUUCUGAGAGUGGGUUUGAGGAGAUCCAAGGAUGAA